AGUAAACUGUCCGUCAGUAGCGAAAAGCGAGUCCCGCGAGAGAGAACCAUAUUUUCAGCCGUCGUCCAUCCAUGCGUCGUCGCCGUCGUUGUCGUUGUUCUGUGCCCUGUGCUUCUUCUUCACCGCGCUGUUAUUAGUUGUUCUCCGGGAUUAUUGGGUUCGGUUCCCAAUAUUUUUUAGUAUUAUUUUUUUAGUUUGUGGUAUAUCUCUUACCAAAGUGCAAAAGCAGUGCAUUAGAAAGGGGUUUCAGCGUGUAUAGUGUUCAACAAGUGUUCCCUGUGUGUGGAGUGCAGCGAGAGAACCUCCCGAAGCGUUAGGUCCCCAUUGAAGCCUACUGCUUGGGGCACCUACAACAACCACCAGCGAGGAAAAGCGAGUGAAAUUUCCAGUGUCUGUUACGGUGGUGUGCGCUGGGUCUGGUGCUGAUUCAAAGAGCGAGUUUGGUGUCGAAGAAAACCACGAGCGCUAAGAAGAGGUGAAAGAAGCCGAGCAAGUGAAAGAAGAGUGAAGCAAAAAUGGGUUGUGCAGUUAGUAGAGAUAAGGAAGCCAUCGAACGUUCGAAAAACAUUGACAGAGCCCUGCGAGCCGAUGGAGAACGUGCGGCCAGUGAGGUGAAGCUGCUUCUGCUAGGAGCGGGCGAAUCCGGCAAAUCUACGAUUGUCAAACAGAUGAAGAUCAUCCACGAGACGGGCUACUCACAGGAAGAAUGCGAACAGUACCGGCCAGUAGUGUAUAGCAAUACGAUUCAGAGCCUGAUGGCGAUCAUCCGGGCGAUGGGCCAGCUGCGGAUCGACUUUGCCGACCCGAGCAAGACAGACAUUGCCCGCCAAUUCUUCACAUACGCCUCCGCCACCGAGGAGGGCGAACUGACGCCGGAGCUGGUGUCGCUCAUGAAGAAACUGUGGACCGAUCCGGGCGUGCAGCAGUGCUUCUCCCGGUCGCGCGAAUACCAGCUGAACGAUUCCGCAGCCUAUUACCUAAACUCGUUGGACCGCAUCUCACAGCCAAACUACAUCCCCACCCAGCAGGAUGUCCUCCGGACGCGGGUCAAAACGACCGGCAUCGUCGAGACGCACUUUAGCUUUAAGGGUAUACACUUCAAAAUGUUUGACGUGGGUGGUCAGCGGUCAGAACGAAAGAAAUGGAUACACUGCUUCGAAGGUGUAACGGCAAUCAUUUUCUGCGUGGCGCUGUCGGGGUACGACCUGGUGUUGGCGGAGGAUGAGGAAAUGAAUCGAAUGAUCGAGUCUAUGAAGCUAUUCGAUUCGAUAUGCAAUUCAAAGUGGUUCGUCGACACGUCUAUCAUUCUGUUCCUGAACAAGAAGGACCUGUUCGAGGAGAAGAUCACCCGGUCACCGCUCAUCAUCUGCUUCCCGGAGUAUACCGGCUCCAACACGUACGAGGAAGCAUCCAGCUACAUCCGGAUGAAGUUCGAAAACCUGAACAAACGGAAAGAGCAGAAGGAAAUCUACACCCACCUGACGUGCGCCACCGACACCAGCAACAUUCAGUUUGUGUUCGACGCCGUAUCGGACGUGAUUAUCAAGAACAACCUCAAGGACUGCGGGCUGUUCUAACUUUACAGAAAGGGGAGUGGCCAGGAAAAUGCGCACAAAAAAGCAGAUGGAAACACUUCGCUCUACUCUGUACACUUUAUCUCUUUCUCCGUCUUUCCCUAAACCAUCAUUGAGCAAUCGUCUUAGCUAAAUAGGGAACGGGUAGAAGGCACAAAGCAGGCGUGUUGAUUCUGAUUCAUUUUCUGCGAACAAAGCAAGUUGUUUCUGUUACUAUGGAGCUUACUUUCGGUCGUUAUGCGCCGAAGAUGAUUGCGGAAGAAAAUUUACACUGAGAGUGGAAUAAGUUAGUUACAUUGGCCUUAGAGCGACAAGAUCGGACGCGCCCAUUCGCGAUCGUGAAGAGGAACACGCUUAUGUUUAUAAAUAAUUUCUACUUAUGGAUCUUAAUUUAAAUAACGGAACGACUAAUUUAAAAGAUUAACGUGGAACAGUUUAGGGGAAUCCAUGAGAAGCUGAACGAAGAAGAAAAAGGAUAAAUGUUUGUAAAUCAAGAAUCGCUACGGACAAGAAAUACAGUAAAUAUAUUUUUAUAUUGUAUAGGGAAAAUAUAUGGAAUUCGCUGUACGUUGUUCAAUUAAAAGAAGAAGAAAAUAUUAAAUAGUGUCCACCUUGUUACUGAAAAAAAAACAAGCAAACACGUGCAUGUAAUUGUUAUACUACAUCAGAAAGAUGAAUGAUUUUCCUCCAAUCGAAGCAAAACAGCGCAAACAAACUAAGUGAGAAUAAGAACAUAUUUAUACCUUACUGUUAGGUGUUAUCUAAGAAACCAUGAUAAGCAAGAGACGAAUUUAAGAAUGUAUGAAAACAGGGCUCUCGCCAUAUAUGACCUUCACUUCCGAUUGCCCGCUUCAGUUAGCAAACACGAAACCUAAAUAUCAUGCGCUUUCGCGCAAUGAUACAAACAAAUCAUAUCCACUGUGUAGCUAUUUAUUAUUUUAGCUUUUAGAAAAUGCUUUCACCCCUCCUCGGUUACGAUUACGUUCGCAGUGUAUGCAGACAUUCUAGCUUCAGAUGAAAUAUCUCAUUCCAGUAGAAGCAUUUCAUUUUAAAGUAUCGUGCUAUGACUGUAUUUACACCCGUUUUCGAUAAAAAAUUUAAUCUACUGUAAACCUUAGGUUGAAUCAAACAUUUCUUCAAAGACGAAAUUAUCGCAAAUUUACAGGUUGAUAAUCCUCUCUCUAAGACUGAAACUCUUUCUCACCCUAGAAGAAACCCGUUUCGUUGUACUUUAUACACCAAACUCGAUAGAUUAUUGGCAGAACUGCUGAAAGGCCCAUUUGGUGAUAGUUACAUUAGAACACGCAAAAAAAAACAACGACAACAUUUUGAUAAAGGCAAAA